AUGUUGUCAAGAGACCCAAGAGCAACAUCGGAGUAGAGGGACGCAGGACGUCGGUUCCCAGCCCAGAACACCUGGUAAAGCCCAUGCGACACUAUACUGUCUUCCUCUCGGAGGACUCCUCUGAUGAUGAGUUUCAGCAGGAAGAGGAUCCUGUCUCUGGCUUCUCUGAAAACUUUUUCUUCUCCGCUCCUUUCGAAUGGCCCCAGCCGUACCGCGCCCUCAAGGAGUCGGACAGCGCGGAUGGGGAGGAGCCGGAGCGGGGCAGCCCCGAGAGACCCCGGGAGCCGCUGCCCCCCAGCCCCCUGCUCGCCAGCACGGCCACCGACAUCAACCUCCUGCAGGACAUCUUCCCAAACCUAGAGGUGGAGUCCCAGCCUCAGCCUCUGAGCCAAGCCAAGAGCCUGGAAGACCUGCGGGUGCCUGCGGAGGAGGCGGAGCAGCGCUGCACCUUCGACUACCAGAGAAUGGACUUGGGUGUGUCCGAGAGGAGCAGGAUUGUGCCAACCAUGAAGCUGUCCCACCCCUACAACAAGCUGUGGAGUAUGGGCCAUGAUGAUAUGGCCAUUCCCACCAAGUAUUCCCAGAGCUCACCAGAAAGGUCCCUGAGUGCCCUGGGAAACAUGCCCCCAGUCACCAGGAGACCCCGGAGCAGGGACAGUGGUCUGGCUCCCACAGAGAAGGAUGAAUCCAAUCCUGCCAUUCAAGGGAACAUCACCAUUCCGAGGCCACAGGGAAGAAAGACUCCGGAACUGGGGAUAGUGCCACCACCACCAGCACCCCGGGCGUCCAAGCACCAGACUGCAGCGGGGUCAGGGGAGACCCUCCCCACUCCCAGCCGGGUCUCUGAUCUUAUCCCGGAGCCCUUUGGAGCGGGACACGUGUCCUUAGAGCCUGAAAUCCAGCAGUCUGGGAAUUACUGCCCUCACCCAUCUCAGCUGCUGUCCAGUGCUGGCAGUGCUGCCGAGAUGCUCCAGCCUGUCAAGGUGCAGGCAGAAGGUGCAGGUAAGGACAGUGACUUCCUGCUGGACCUGCUGGACCCGCUGCGAACGGCGGGCUGGGAGGGCCGGGCCCCGCGAGGGCCCCCCAGCCUGCACAGCCCGGCCCCCACGGCUGCCUUUGGCCUGGGGGGAAGUGACUUUGUGCCUCCUCCAGCUGCACCAUUUGUCCAGCCCCUGGGCUACCCUUCCCCAGCCCCACCACCUUUUCUACAGGCAUCCCCUAAUCCCUUCACCCAGACACUGCCAGGAGCCCUUCCAGUGUCCCUGGUCAGACCCCCGAGGGGCUCCUUCACCCCCUCCCUAGGUCACGCCUACAGCUCCAGCUUCAUAACACCCGGUGGCUUCUACCCACCACAGAGACCUCAGCCCAACCUGUCAACUCUGUCCAUGCCAAACCUGUUCAGCCAGGCUCCAGCUGUGCCAGCAGCUGGUUCCCUGCUCCUGCAGAGCCCUUCUGCAGCCAGUUCCCUGCAGGCAGCGUGUCCCAGCGGGCCCCCCAAGCCCCCAACGUUACAGGUGGGCCAGGCCAGCACCAAGGUAGAUCCCAAACAGGCUCUGGCUCUCCUGGCCAAUGAACCCCCUCUGCUCCCUGCCAGGCCAGCCAAGGGCUUGGAGGCAGUGUUACUGUCCUCAAAGUCUGAGGAGACAAAAGAUCCAUUUGAAGAUCUGUUAAAAAAGACCAAGCAGGACGUGUCACCCACGCCAGGUAAGGUGGAACAGCUCAGAAAGCGAUGGGAAACCUUUGAGUGACACUCGAUGGCCUUGGUGUCCCUUUGGGAGUGACAGAGGGGUUUUGGUUUUUUUGAGCCAGCAUAAACCAAGCAUUUCUUUUACAGAAGGCUGAGCCAGGACAGCUGCAGGACCAUCACUGAGCUGCAACUCACACACGAGGGGGUUUUGCCCAGAGUCCCCCGUUGUCCCCGUCCCUGUCACGGCUCCCUCCCUCCCCACCACAAACCCGGGAUUCCUGCACUGACCAAAGCGUGAAGGGAAGGGGGCUGGGUUGGGUUUUCCACACACAGCUUUUCAGGCAGUUCUACUGAUGCAGGAGUUACUCCUUCCCUGUGUUUUGAGUCCUUAGCACAUGGCACACACUGUGCUGGGGCUCAUUCCUGCCUCUGGGAAUGGCCCUCAGUUUUUCUGGCACUACACAUAGAAAGACAAUAUUAUUUUGUUUCCACAGGCAAAGUGCAGCAAACAAACCUGGCUUGUGGGCUGCACUAAAUUAAUCCAUCAGGGUCUCCUUUGUCCUGUCUUGGAACCCAGAAGCUCUUUAGGUGGUGCUGUGGGAUGGGGCUUUGACUCCGGGGCUUGCAGGGGCACAGUUGUCCCAAGGCCCUGCUGCCUCAAAACCACAGCACAGAGCAGCUGCUCGGGGUUUGGUCCUGCGUCUCUGUUGGGAAACUGGAAACACCAGCAAUUGUUUUUUGGUUUUUGGGGUUUUUUUUUAAGUUUGUUUUUGUUUAAUACAUCAGAAAAUAGAGGCCAUAAAGAGUAUCCUAGUUCUUAUAUAUGUGUAUCUUAAUAUUAUCUGUCAAUAAUAUAAAUGGCAGUAUAGGAAUGGAAUGUAACAAUAUCUUACUUGAUUAUUACAAAGACAGGGCAGAAUGGGGGGUCCCAGAGUUCCCAGCUCCCCAGGUGUAGUGGGAGGUGGUGCUGGGGGUGUCCCAGAGGGGGAUCCAGGGGGGCAGCAGGACACCCCUAGCACUGCCCUGUAGGGCUGGGACCCCUCAGCCCCCCGGGCUGGACCCGCCGUGUGCUGCUCCCGGGACAUGGAAAGGGAAAGGGAAGGACAGGGCAUGUCCCACGGGGUGUUGGGAGCCCCCUCUGCACCAGUGGAGUUCUGGGGAGACCCCCAGCACCCUGCAGGGCUGUCUCUGCUCCUCCUGCCUCACUGCAGAGGUGCUGUCCUGGGCUGGGUCUGGGACACUGGGGUGUAAAGCUGUCACUCACAGAGGGAAUCGUCACCACGGAGCCUUGGCCAAAGGAAAUCACCUUGGACACGUGGGGAAAUCCUUGUAAAGCUUUACCUGAUUUCCAGUGUAUCUAUUUUAUUCAUGUAAUCUUGGAAGUUUUCUUACUCUGGGGAAUGGGAAUGGCUGUCUGUGCAUUCGGGUCUGGGCAGUACAAAAGAAAAAUAUUCUCAACAGCUGAAAUGGCACCGGCUUGGGAGAGACCACAGAAUUCCAGGAAUAUUCUGUUUCUGUACAGUGCUGUUCCUCUGACAAGCCAUUCCCUCGGAUUUGUAUUUUCUUUUUGUGUUGGAAGACAGAUGGGUUUAGUAUUGCAUAGUAAAAUAUUUAAAGUCUAAGAUAACAGUUCCAUUUUAUUUUUUACAGUUCAGACUAUGAAUGUUCUAUAAUUCAGUGUGGAAUUUCAGAGCUCCUUUGCUGUGAGCUGGAUGAUCAAACUUUCUGGCUCCUGGUGGAUGUGAAUGGGCACUGGACAGUCAGUCCUGCCUUCACAGGCUCUGUGCUAGAACUGUUAAUGUCACACAGGGAUCAGACACUGAGGAAGCCCAGUACAGAUGUUUAAAUCCACUCAGUCCCACUGCAGUUCAUGUCCAUCUCUGGUUACUUUGUCCAUAUUAUGGAUCAUUUUAUGCCACUGAGUUUUGGACAAGCACUUGGAUCAUUUUCUAAGUCAGUUUUGAGGCACUGAAGAGAAUUAACAUUGCACUGAAAUGGCAUUUAUCACCCUCACUUUAUUUUGCACCUCUGAGAUCCUCUGAGGACAAGGAGUUUGGGACUUUCCUCAUUUCUGGAAUAGGGUUUGCAAGCAGGAGAUUUUUGGGUGUCGCGUAAUAAAGAAAUCAAACUCUCCCUAGGGCAGUA